CCGAAAUUCCGAAUUAGGACCUUGAGCCGGGAAACGUGAAAACAAGCAUUGUGCUGAAGCUGUUAUCUGUCCUGCCGUUUUGUUGCUCUGCUGUUUGGCAUUUGGUGUCAAUCCUCUCUUCCUAUAUAGCUAUAUACAGGUCAUUUCAUUCAGUAGGCAAGAAGAAGUAUGGUUUUGCAAGAUGCUGUUUUCACCUUUCUUCAAGAAUUAGUUGUCAAGUCUGGGAUCGAUAAGGACAAAAUACUUGAAUGUGUACAAGUUAAAAACUUUGCCUCUGGUGACAUAGCUAGUAACCAUGACGCAGUUACAGUAAAACUAAAAGAAAAUGUCCCAGAUAUCAAUUUGUUUUUAAAGUUUUGCAAAGAAGGCUCAGUGCCAGAAUUGUUCAAUAUUGAAAUUUCAACAUUUGACAAGGAAGUGGAAUUUUAUGAAAGGAUUUUACCGGCCCUAUGUAAAUUCGAAGCAGAUAAAAAGAAAACUGUGAAGGGAAAUGCAUCUCUUGCUAAUAUGUUUUUCAAGUUCUAUGGCAGUGGAUAUGUGAAAGAGAGCUUCUAUGUUACACUAGAAUGUUUUAGUCCAGAUAGUUUUUAUGUAACAGCUAAGCAUGAAUUUCACAGUCCAGAACAAAUCAACUCUGUCUUGAAGUCAUUAGCUGUGUUUCAUUCAACAUCCUACUGUAUGAAACAUCAGUGUAACAUCGACUUUUUAAAAGAAUACCCUCUCCUUGCUGAUAAAUGUUUCAAUCCAGGACAUCAUGAGGUGACUGGACCAUACUUUGUGGGUACAUUCAAACAAAAUAUUUCGAUAAUGAAGGCUGUCCUUACAGAGAUAAAAAAUGGAAAUUCCACUCUCCUCGAAAAAGGGUUCAGCCAGAUAAACUUUACUGAAGACGCAAUUGAACGACUGGAAAAAUUGAGUGACAUGAUUAUGUUUAUUCUGCAUAAUACACUAGAUUGUGAUGAUGAAUUUAAAGUUGUUUGUCAUGGUGAUUUUCACAUGUGGAAUAUUGCUUUCCCUAAAAAUCCCAAUGGCCAUCCUAGAUUUUUUGACUUUCAAAUUAUUCGAUUUUCAUCUGCAAUUACUGAUGUUCAUCAAUAUCUAUCACAAGUAUCGACACCAACAAUGCGUAAAGAACAUCUUCAAGAUUUUUUGCAGAUAUAUUACAAUGCAUUUGUAAGUAGCUGUCAGCAGUUUGAUUUAAAUGAAGAUCUGAUGUUUACGUUUGAUAAGAUGAUGAAAGAGUACGAAUACACAGCAGCGUGGGGUUUCUUGUAUGGUUUUAUAUUCAUCAUGCCAAGAUUUGUACAGAGUGAUUUUUAUGCAAGUCUAAAAGAUGUUCACAACAGCCAUGAUAUUGUGAAAUUGCUGAAUGAGAAGGGGAAACCAGAUGUGUGGAAUGCAAUUAAUAUUUACUCAGACUUUCUUUGUGAGGCAGGGCAACUGAAAACAUUUGACUUAAUGGAGAAACUAUCAUUUACUUGAAGGUAGCCCAUUAGCACUUGAGAAUAUUUUUUUUUUUUGCAGCAUGCAGGAUUUUUAGGAAAGUUUAUUAUAUCAAUUAUUCUAGGAGUAUUAUAUUUGUUAGGAUUUAGGCUUUUUAUAUGUCAUUUUGAUGUGUGUUUUAUAUUUCUAGGACUUUCUUACAACGGCAUUUAUAUGCAACAUAUGACUGAAUCAAUUGUAAUGUAAAAAUUUUUACUUUGACGGGAAAACUAACUGUAGGUUUACAUAUAUUUUAAUUUGUAUUUGUCUUUCAAAAAAUACUUCUAUAUUGCAGAAA